AUGGAAGUCGGGAGGGGAAGCGUUGCUGUGGCAGCAGGGGCCGGCGACGAGCACGUGCCGGCGCCGGUGCAGGAGUCCGGCCCGGCGUUGGCGCCCGUGUUCGAGCGUAUCAAGACACACUUCCCGCCAGCGAAGAUCAAGAAGAUAAUGCAGACGGACGAGGAUAUAGGGAAGGUGUCCCAGGCGACACCCGUGGUCGCCGGCAGGUCGCUGGAGUAUUUUGUCGCACUGCUGGUGACACGCAGCGGGGAGCUGGCAAGGGCCUCGGGGACGGGCAAGAUCACGGCAGACACGCUGCGGGAGACGAUUCUGAAGGACGAGAAAUUCGACUUCCUCCGGGAGAGUCUGUGCGGCACGGACUGA